AUGUCUCCAGCCUUGAACAUCACUCACAUUGGCACCGCCACCGCCGUCCUCGAGAUCAAUGGCGUAAACAUGCUCACCGAUCCCUUUUUCUCCCCGCCGGCACCAAAUUCCCAGUCAACGAAUCAUGAAGACCACGUCGAUAACCUUGACGACCUAGGCCGGCGCCUCCUAGAUGGCCGCCGCGUCUUCACAACCGUCGACGGCGCAAAGAAUCUCUCUCCCCGUCCGGCAGUCCACGGACUGAAACCCUGGGAGAGGAUCAACGUCACCAUAGCCGGCAAGAAGUUUGAGAUUAUCGGCACGCCGACGCAGCAUCUCCCCGGCGGCGAAUGCACCGGCUUCAUCAUCACAGGCGAAGGCUUCGGAACCGGUCGCGAUAACCUCCCCAAGGCAAUCUACUUCUCCGGCGACACAGUCUACAUCGAAGACCUCAAAAAGAUGGCGGAUGAAUACCAUAUCUGCGCGGCGGUGUUCAACCUGGGGAAUGCGCAUGUGCCUUCUGAUCUGGAGGAUCCCAAUAGUCCACUUAUAAACAUUACCAUGGAUGGGAAGCAGGCGGCGCGGCUGUUCCGGGAUAUCAAGGCUGACGUCUUGGUUCCGAUGCACUAUGAGUCGUGGCAUCAUUUUACGCAGUUUGGAAAGGAGCUGCGUGCGGCGUUUGAAGAGGAGGGGAUUAGUGACAAGGUUUGCUGGCUUAAGCCUGGUGAGGCUGUCUCGGUGCUGUAG